UUUUCACAUGCUAUUGAGUAGUUUGGAUUAUUUGAAGAAAAAUUGAAGUGUUUGAUCCCAAACCUACGAUAUUUAUCUUUGCCAACGUGCUUCCACGUAAACUCUCUCCAACACAAUAUUAAUUAAUCAGACUAUGGAUAUAAAAAACUUAACCAUUCUGAUCUGCCAACAAUUCUAAAAAUAGUAAAGAAAAAUAAAACACUUGAAGCCAUUGCUGUAUAAGGAUAUGGUAGUGACUCUUCAACUCACAAAUCAUCCAAGUUUGGUUCACCUUGUGCAUACAUUGUUUACAACAAGAGUAACAAACAAUGGCUUUCACCUCCCGUUUCCUCUUUGCCACCUCCUCCUCCAUGCUUCUCUUCUCAUUGCUAGCCAUUGCCUCUGCUACGGAUUAUAGCUCCGGUGCUCCUAAGCCAAAGGUUGAUGAGCAUCCAAAACUUCCAAAGGUUGGUAUGCCGAAAUUACCGAAUGUCGGAAAACCGAAACCAGAAGUAUAUACAAAGCUAAAACCUCAGACCAUUGAUAUUCAGGGGCUGGUUUUGUGCAGAUCAGGCCUUCAAAGCUUCCCAAUUAAAGGAGCUGUGGUAAGGAUUACAUGUUUGGCUGAGGAUGAACAAGGUUACGAGACUGCUCCUUUCUCCAUAUUGAGUGGUGCAACUGAUGCAAAGGGUUACUUCAUCUCAACGUUGUCGCCGUCGCAGCUUGGAGACAAGUGGAAGCUGACGGAGUGCAAGGCGUUUCUCGAUUAUUCUCCAUUGGAGACCUGCAAAGUCCCUACUGACGUUAACCAAGGAAUUACUGGUCAUCUGCUUUCCUCUUAUCGUACCCUCAGUGCCAAGAACAUCAAGCUGUACUCAGUUGGGCCUUUCUUCUGCACCUCAGAAUCUAAACCAGUUCCUAAUGGCGGCUAUUAAUUAAAGGAUAAUAUUCGGGUCCUGACCAGUCAGCCAGCACGUUAUAGCUAUGCCUGAUUUUAUUUAUCUCCUCCAUUCACUAAUUUGGAGCUGGAAUUUUGAUUCUUCAUUGUUGUUGGUUUUGCUUGAUUAAUUUCAUUAUUAAUGUCAAGAGGU